AUGCUCUUCUUGGCAUUUGUCUUCUACUGUUAUCUGAUUGUGACAUCUGUAAACCCUGACAUGCAGCAAACUUCGACCUCAUUCCCGGAGCUACACAACAAGACUCUAUGGACCAUUUCUCCUACUCAGAAGCUUCUCAACAAUGCCACAAUCCACGAGAAAUACAAGAGCCUGGUCAGGUAUCAUUUGAUUUCUCCACUCAUUAGGAUCUUCAUCCUAACGGGCAGUUUUGCCACGACUACGAAGACCGUUGAUGCCGACUUGCCACUUCCUCGAAGAUUGUGGUUCCUUGCAGCUAAUAUUGUCAUGCGUGUCCUUUUGGGAUUAGUCGAUGCAAUCAUAAUCAUCGAGGUCGAGAUCUAUAACCAUGUAAAUGUAACAGCCAUCGCGAAUUCAUCAAUCUUGAACGUAUAUGCAGCCGUUCAGAUCCUCUAUUUACUCGAUUCCAUCGUCGGCUUCUCGAAAAUCAUAAUCUGGAUCAAGAAGUGCGAGCGUUUGGAGCAGGUUGAGCAAAUGGCGAUGGCAUCAAUGGCAGAGAGUUUGGUUUCCUUGGCCUAA